AUGCCAUUUUUCCAAGUACAACUUAAAAGAUCACUUAUAGGAUUACCAGCCAAAACUAGAUUAACAGCAACUUCUAUGGGAUUAACCAAGACUGGUAGAACUUUAAACUAUGAAAUUAAUCAAAGUAUUGCAGGUAAAUUAUUAACUUUAAAAGAAUUAAUUAAAGUUGAUAUUGUUGAUGAAAAAAAAGAUAGAGAAGGUUUAAGAAAAGCAAGAAAAAGUGAUCCUGGUUUUAUUGUGGAGAAACAAGUUGAUAAUCAAGUAUGA